AUGUGCAAUAACGAUGGAGAUGUGCGUUUCAGAUUCAGCUACAGUUCGUCGGAAAUCAUGGCAGCAAUUACCCCUUUGAUCCCUGUCAAAGAAAACCACCAACUUGUUGUCGCUCAAACUGCGGGUAACACAUUUUAUCAAUUACCAGUUAAAAAUCCCUGUGGAGAUCUUCUUGCAGAUAACAGAAGACAAGAUUACCUUGAGAUAUGCAUUCCACUCUACGAAGCUUCAAUGACUGGAAACUGGCCACAUGCAAAAACCAUUCUUGACGAACACCCAGAAGUGAUACGUUCUAGUAUCACCGAAAAUUACGAAACUGCACUUCACAUCGCAUCAUCAGCAAAAAACACACACUUUGUGGAAAAUCUCGUGAAGUUGAUGACAAAAGACGAUUUGGAACUACAAAAUAAGAAUUUAAACACAGCCUUAUCUUUAGCAGCUGCAGCUGGCACUGUUGAUAUCGCUAAACUUAUGGUUGAAAGGAACAAGUGUUUGUUAACAAUCCCUGGUAGUCAAGGAAUGAUGCCAUUAUAUAUGGCAGCUUUAUUUGGAAAUAGUGAAAUGGUGAAGUAUCUCUACAGUAAAUCCCAGAAAUUGCAUGACGAUGGUUGGACACAGCAGAAUCGUGGUUGGCUUCUCGUGAAAUGUGUCGAGUCUGAUCUCUUUGAUGUAGCAUUGGAUAUAUUGAAGGAUUACCCUGAACUGGGUGAUGAUGGGCAAGUACUUCAAGUUUUGGCAAGAAAGCCAGAUGCCUUUACACGAAAAGAUCCAAAAUUUAUCCGAAGAUUCUACCAUAAAAUUUGUGGAGUACUUGGUAGGACGAUAGGACGUGCGGAAAAGAAAAGUCAUGCUGUGGAAAUAGUGAGAUUUAUUUGGCAACGAAUUGUGCAAAAGUCAAAGUCACAAAUUGACGACAUAAUACGUGGCCCAAGAACACGUAUUGGUAACAGAGAUGUAUACAAUUCACGAAUGCUUUUUGUUGCUGCGGAAACUGGCAACACUGCAUUUAUAAUCGAGCUAAUUCGUCUCUAUCCGGAUCUAAUAUGGAAAGUGAAUAGCGAUAACCAAAGUAUAUUUCAUGUAGCUGUUAUACAUCGUCAUGAAAGUAUUUACAAUUUGUUAUAUGAGCUUGGGUCGAUGAAAGAUUUGAUAACUCCUCUCAAAGACCAAUUUGAGAAUAAUAUGCUCCAUUUAGUUGGGAAAGUUGCGAAGAAAAAACGACUUGAGAUUGUUUCAGGUGUAGCGCUACAAAUGCAACGAGAAUUGUUAUGGUUCAAGGAAGUGGAACAGAUGAUCCCUCCUACUUACAGGGAAAGGAAGAACAAGGAAGGUUUAACACCAUAUGAGCUAUUCACGAAGGAACACAAAGAUCUAGUCAACCAAGGUGAAAAAUGGAUGAAAGGAACGGCUAAUCAGUGUAUGGUGGUGGCGGCGCUUAUAGCCACCAUUGUAUUUGCGGCUGCUUUUACGGUUCCAGGGGGAUACGAUCAGACAUAUGGGCCACCACUUUAUCUUCAAAGAGCCUCUUUGCCACCAUGCCAGUCGUUUUAUUUGCGAUGCUGCAGUACCCGCUUUUGGCAGAUGUGUUCCGGUCAACGUAUGCUUCUAGAUAUCUUUUUAAGCCCAAGAAACGCUCGCUCUAUGUUCCACACCCCAAGUUCUAAUUGAUUGUAGCUUGAGACCCAAGUGUCUUUCAAAUGUUUUGUACAUAUGUAUGAUUCUUGAUACUUAAAGCUUUAUAAUCAAUACCUACUUGAUCAUUAAUAAUAGAC